GUUGGCGGUAGGCUGAGUCGUCAGAGAGGGAGGAACGGAGUUAACGCUGAGAACGUAUUUCUCUUUUAGAAAUAUUAAUUUAUUUUUGUGAACUUAAAGGGAAAUUAUCCCAUUUUUACGUAUUCUGGACUAUUUUUUUCUGCAGAAACAGGUAGAGAUGCCAGUUGUGCGGUUUCAGGCUGGAGACACUGUGAUGGGCCGCUGGCCUGGCAGUAACCUCUUCUAUGAGGUCAAAGUGCUGAGCCACUCUGCCAAGUCUGAGCUCUACACUGUCAUCUACAAAGAUGGCACAGAACUGGAGUUAAAGGAUGCAGAUAUCAAGAGCAUGAGUGGAUUCAGGCAGGGUUCUAGCCGUGCCCGGUCUCGGUCCCGUUCUCGCUCCCGUUCUCCAGCGCGUACUCGCCGAAGUCGCUCACGCUCUCCGGCAAGAACAUCACGUCGCUCUUCAUCCCACACCACUGAGACACGCAGAGAAAAACUUAAAGAUAUGCUGGAGGUGCGUCUCACGCCUGUGACAAUGCCACUGGUGAACAGUAGCAACAAUGAGCAUGAAAAGAAAGAAGAGAAUGACACAGCAAACAAAGUUGUUGAGGAGGUGAAGGAGGAAACCGAGAACCAGGUAAGUGGCCGCUACAAUCUCCGCCGCAGGAAGGACCAGGGCGAAGAGCGACCAUUAGAGCAGAAAAAAACACAGCCAAUCGUGUCACUGGCCACACCACAGCAAACCAGCAAGACUACUGACCUGGAGUUUGGAGGAAGGAUUGGUGUGUUCUUUUUGCUGUUGCUGCUUCCUUUGGUGGUGCUGGCACUGCUUAUUCUCUGUGGCCAGAAGGAUUCUAGUCUCCUCAGCUUUCCUCACAUGCUUCCCCCACUUGACUCUCUCUGGGACUGGCAGGUUUUUGGCAUCACGCUCAUUUGGCUGCUCUUCCAGGCUGUUCUCUCUCUGCUCCCUAUUGGCAAGGUUGUUAAUGGAAUGCCUCUGAAGAACGGAAAAACACUGAAAUACAGGAUUAAUGGGUUUUAUGCGCUACUCAUCAGUGGUAUAGCAGUCGGGGCUGGUGUAUAUAAUGGGGUGGAUCUUGUCUACAUCCAUACUCAUUUCCUCCAGUUCUAUACCUCAGCCCUGCUCAUAUCCAUUCUACUCAGUAUCUACUUGUUUGCCCGUUCCCGUUGGGUCUCUGAUGAUGAGCGUGCUCCAGCUGGCAAUUCUGGUUAUGCAGUAUAUGAUUUCUUCAUGGGACGUGAGCUGAAUCCACGAAUCAAAGGUUUUGACAUCAAAUUCUUCUGUGAAAUGCGCCCAGGACUUAUUGGUUGGCUCGUGUUUAACUUUGCCAUGUUACAUGCUGAGAUGAAACUUCAGAAACUCAGCACCCCCUCCUUAGCCAUGCUGCUUGUGAAUGGCUUCCAGCUGCUUUGGGUUGCUGAUGGCUUUUGGCAUGAGGAGAAACUUCUAACCAAGAUGAACAUAGUGCAUGAUGGUUUUGGGUUCAUGCUGGCCUUUGGAGAUCUGGCCUGGGUACCCUUUACUCUCACCUGUCAGUCAUACUACCUUGCCAGUCACCCCAGUGACCUCUCUGUGUUUUGGAUUGUUGCCAUCAUCCUAAUGAAUGCAAUUGGCUACUACAUAUUCCGGAAAGCCAACUCACAGAAAUUUGCUUUCAGAAGAAAUCCAUCUGAUCCGACCUUGUCUCAUCUGAAAACGAUUCCAACUGCAACUGGAAAGAGCCUCAUUGCGUCUGGUCUGUGGGGUUUUGUCCGUCACCCAAAUUACCUUGGUAACAUUCUUAUUGCUUUGGCCUGGUCCCUAACAUGUGGUUUUAAUCAUCUGAUUCCUUAUUUCUGUCUGAUUUACUUAAUCAUCCUGCUGGUGCAUCGGGAGGCGCGAGAUGAGCAUCAGUGUAGGAAGAAAUAUGGCUUGGCAUGGGACAAAUAUUGCAAAGCGGUACCUUACCGCAUCUUCCCCAAGGUGUACUGAGAACCUGCAGACAGACAUGUGGGGGACACAGAAUUUCCUGUGGAGCAUCUGAAUGAAAAUUUUAAUUCUAAGAGUAAGAAAACAACUGAGGGCAUCAUUGAGCAACUUGGCAGCUAUUUGGAUCCUAGAAGAAAACAUUGUUUUAAUUAGAAUCAUUUGUAAAAUAUUUUAAAUUGCCCCAGUUAUAAACUCUCCUCUGUAUAUUAAUGUACACGUUUUUCUACUCAAGCAAUUUCUGCCAUAACUCUCUAUAACUUUCUCAUUUUUGAGGUUUUGAAACAUUUUGCCUUUUAUUUCUUGACGUAUUCUGUAAUACGUUGAGUUUAAUGCUUUUUGUAUAUUCUGUUUGAUGGGAUAUAAAUUGAUUAAUUGUUUGUAUUUGUUUUUUGUUUUUUCUGUAUAGUAAAAACAGUUAUGCUAUGACUCAGGACCAGUGCUUUUAUGAGAAGAAAAUGGAAAAAAAAAUAUUUUUGUCUUAAUUUUUUAAAUAUAAUUUAAGGCAGAUCAUUUUAGAAUUAAUUUUAACCUUACAUGCACUGUGGUAAUGAUUUUUGUUUUAGUGAAAAUGUUUAUGAAGUUGCUUAUUGCUUAUUUUAUUUUCAAUUUUAUCAUCAAAUAGUAGCUAAUGCUUUUUGUAAUAUUUAUGAUGCAUGGGACCAAAUAUUGCAUUUCUCUUUCCCCCCAUUAAAACUACUGUCGAAACUACCAGUUCUUCAGAACAAAUCAGUGUAUCCGAGUUUCCAGUGUCUUUGUGAUGAGAUUAGUAAAUUAGGCUGAUGAAAUAUAAAUAAAUUGCUGAGAUUUUUUUAUGUAAAUUGUAAUUACUUGGUGCAGAUCUUUUUUAAAUGUUUAGAAAUAAUGUGCACAGAAAGAAGUGUUUAUUGGUAAUCUUUUGUUACUUUUUUUUUUAAACGGGUUGAUUGAAAGACUGGAAACUUCUGUCCUGUAUAGCAAAUGUGUAUUUCAUUAAAUGGGCAGAUUCUCCAGCAUGUACAAUGUACAUAAAUUAUUAGUUUUGCAUUUGAACAUUUCACAUUUUAUUGCUAUUUGCUUUUUUGUUUUGCUUUUCUUAACAUGUUGUUGACCUUUAAUUAUUGCUGUUGCUAUUUUAUUUUUGUUUUGGUAGCACUGAAUUUCUUUUCAUCAGCAAUUUAGCCAGUUGUCUUUUGGUCAGUAGCUGAAUCAGCUCUGUGAGAUGACUGCAAAAUAUUGCAUUAUAGGAUUUCUGAAAUAUCCUGUUCGUCUUUCAUUGGAUAAUUAAAGAAUACCCCAGGGUUGUUUAUAGGAAGAAAAAAAAAAGAACAAAUAUGGCCUGUAAGUCAGGCUUUGCAUUGUAUGUUUUGCCAAAAAUAAAGUAUUUUGUGUAGACUG